AGCGGCGGGGGCAGGGCGGCAGGGAGGCAAGUGUCAGGCCGAUGUGUAGCCCGCGAGCGGCCGGGGUCGGGGCCGCCGGGGCCAUGCGCGCGGGCUGGGCAGGGGGCCGGCGGGGCGCAGAGCGGAGCCGCCUCGGAGCCUGAGCCGCCCGGGGCCGGGGCCGGGGAGCCGCGCGGGGCCGGCCGGCCGGGGGGAGGGGAGCGAUGCGGCGCCGGCGGGCGGCAGUGGCCGCGGGUUUCUGCGCCUCCUUCCUGCUGGGCUCCGUCCUCAACGUGCUCUUCGCUCCGGGCUCGGAGCCUCCGAGGCCAGGCCAGUCCCCUGAGCCUUCGCCGGCCCCAGGUCCGGGCCGUCGCGGGGGCCGCGGGGAGCUGGCCCGGCAGAUCCGGGCGCGCUACGAGGAGGUGCAGCGCUAUUCCCGCGGGGGCCCCGGGCCCGGGGCGGGCCGGCCGGAGCGGCGGCGCCUGAUGGACCUGGCUCCGGGCGGGCCCGGCCUGCCGCGCCCCCGGCCCCCUUGGGCCCGGCCCCUGCCCGACGGCGCCCCAGGCUGGCCCCCGGCUCCCGGCCCAGGCUCCCCCGGCCCGGGCCCGCGCCUGGGCUGCGCCGCGCUUCGCAACGUGUCCGGCGCGCAGUACGUGGGCUCAGGCUACACCAAGGCCGUGUACCGGGUCCGCCUGCCCGGCGGCGCCGCGGUGGCGCUCAAAGCGGUGGACUUUAGCGGCCACGAUCUGGGCAGCUGCGUGCGCGAGUUCGGGGUACGGAGGGGCUGCUAUCGGCUGGCGGCCCACAAGCUGCUUAAGGAGAUGGUGCUGCUGGAGCGGCUGCGGCACCCCAACGUGCUGCAGCUCUAUGGCUACUGCUACCAGGACAGCGAGGACAUCCCAGACACCCUGACCACCAUCACGGAGCUGGGCGCCCCUGUAGAAAUGAUCCAGCUGCUGCAAACUUCCUGGGAGGAUCGAUUCCGAAUCUGCCUGAGCCUGGGCCGCCUCCUCCACCACCUGGCCCACUCCCCACUGGGCUCCGUCACUCUGCUGGACUUCCGCCCUCGGCAGUUUGUGCUGGUGGAUGGGGAGCUCAAAGUGACGGACCUGGAUGACGCACGUGUGGAGGAGACGCCGUGUGCAGGCAGCACCGACUGCAUACUCGAGUUUCCGGCCAGGAACUUCACCCUGCCCUGCUCAGCCCAGGGCUGGUGCGAGGGCAUGAACGAGAAGCGGAACCUCUAUAAUGCCUACAGGUUUUUCUUCACAUACCUCCUGCCUCACAGUGCCCCGCCUUCACUGCGUCCUCUGCUGGACAGCAUCGUCAACGCCACAGGAGAGCUCGCCUGGGGGGUGGACGAGACCCUGGCCCAGCUGGAGAAGGUGCUGCACCUGUACCGGAGCGGGCAGUAUCUGCAGAACUCCACGGCAAGCAGCAGUACCGAGUACCAGCGUAUCCCAGACAGCACCAUCCCCCAGGAAGACUACCGCUGCUGGCCAUCCUACCACCACGGGAGCUGCCUCCUUUCAGUGUUCAACCUGGCUGAGGCCGUGGAUGUCUGUGAGAGCCAUGCCCAGUGUCGGGCCUUUGUGGUCACCAACCAGACCACCUGGACAGGUCGGCAGCUGGUCUUUUUCAAGACUGGAUGGAGCCAAGUGGUCCCUGAUCCCAACAAGACCACAUAUGUGAAGGCCUCUGGCUGACCUAUCUGAGGGCUCGGCUGACCAGCUGACUAUCCUCAGCAGCUGGGCUUGCCUGUGGAGGGAGUGACUUGCACUGGCAGCGCUGCAUGUCACCUGGGAACCCCUGCAGACAAAGCUAACAUCCCAGACAGACAGAUGUGACCAGGACAAACGUGCAAUAAUGCCAAAUGUUAAAAUGUGAGUUUACCAGCCUAGCUAUGGGACUGCUGGCUCCUAGUCCAGGAAUCAUGGGGGUAUGACUGCCUCUCCAACCCUCUGGGCUAUAAGCAAGCUCAGGCUAGUCUCCCCACUGGGGGCUGUGCCCUUUCCUGGGACGGUUCCGUGGGCAGCCCCAUCACUGUGUUCAAUAGUGUGAGAAUGUAGCUAAAGCCCCUGCUGCUGCUGCUGCACAUGCCACAGCAGGCGGGGGGGCUGCGUGGGGACAAUCCAUCAUGGAGUGUUCUCUCAGCUUAGGUCUGGACAGGAGACUUGGCAGGGGAUGCUCCAGGAUGUAGGUGAUUCUGUACCUGGGGAGGCUAUCUCUGACCUCCCGACAGGGGACACUCCCAGGCCAGCCCAGGGGUCAGGGGCAGAGGUGCACACCUCAGCAUGAGCCAAGACUGGGGUCAGGGAGCAGGUGUGGUUUGAGCCAGGACCUGAGGCGGGGGUGGGGCCGGGGCCUUUAUGCCUCAUUUGCUUUCAAUGAAAGCCGCAAAGCAGCCAAAACCAGGCUUUCCCCCUUCCUCGAGUUUGAAUAUCCAGAAUCUUUUGUACUUCUUGUUGGUUAAAUUGUUUAUUUUUGUAAAAAAUAAAAUAAAAUUAGUUAAUAAAAUGAUGUUUCACAGCAAA